UAACAUGGAUUGCGCAUGUUUUGGGCUUGUUUUGAAGAACGAGGUCGCUAUUUUUCUGUCAGAAAUCAGGCAACCUUGGCGUCAGUGUUCUGAGUCUGACGUUGUGUUGUUGUCAUCGAUGAAGUUGAAAAAGCGCGCGAGGUGUUUCUUAAGUUUUAAUAACGUUCUCGAGCACACAGAAGUGUUCCUAAUCAGAAGUUGUUCCUAAUCCUGUGGGAAUAGUAUGGGGUGAAGGAGCCGCUCUUGAACCGUUUAGUUUAAUAAUACUAGAAAACAACACGGACACGAUUUUUUCAGAGGAAAGCAAAUUAUACCAGGACAAAAUGAAUAACAACCUGCCAACCCUGGCACGGGCACCAGUUCGGCUUCGGUACAUAAAUCAUUGGGUCGCUGAAAGGCAAUCAGCUGUUCCAAAGCUAGGGGAAGAUGUAAUGGAUCUUGUGGAAGAUAUUUUUGAUCACUUAGAUUCUCCACAUAGUAUAAAUUAUGACUAUACUCCAAUCCCUAAGAACUGGUCGACUCCAAUAAAUGUAGAGUCACUUUCACAGAGAGAAAUGGGAAAUGAGAAAUCUGCUUUGGGAAAUGCAAAUAUGAAAAAGACAGUAUUACCAAAGGUGCUCUUUGGAGAAGGUAAAAGUAUAAAGAAAACAAAUGUGAAAGGGAGAAUAAUCAGCCAAGUGGACAAGGCAAAAAAGAGCAGCUUGUCCAGAGCCGAUAGCAAUAGUGAGGAUCCCUCUUCUGCACUCCUUCGUAGCAUGCGACUGAGAACACCAAGCACAUGGUGGGCAGUGAAAUCUGACAACCAUGAGGAUGUAGAGGAUGGCCUGUCAAAUACCUGCAGUUUCAACAGAGCUCCUUCUCCUAGUUCUCCUUCUAAUGGAGGCUGUUGCAGUCACCAGGAGCAGACACAGAAGCCUAAACCAGCUGUAGAGGUGGUUUGUACUUCCCCUGCUGCUUCUGUAGUUACUUCAGUCUUGAAAGAUGACGAAAAUGAGAACAGCAUACAAGGGUCCCCUCUCCUAUUAAAGAAUCAAACAGAACAAAGUCCAAAGAAAAUAUUUCUAUUGCCUGUAGUUGUACUGAAAAGGCUAACUUUCAAUGAUGUAGAAGCUCCCCCUUUGGAAAGUGUUUCUUCUCCAAAGAGGCAGAAUAAGGAACCAUCAGGUACACCUACACCACCUAAAAGGCAGAUGCUGGUAGUAAUGUCUCCAACUUCAAAUGAAGAGAAAAGCAAACCAGGUAAACCAGAUGCUGCUUUGUUGAAAGUGUCUGAAAAAGUGAAGAAAUCAAGGUUUCUCCAGAAAGAUUGCCACCCUGAAAAAAGAAGAAUAAAGCAUCUGGUGCUAACUCCUCCAAAACCUCCACAAAAUGAUUUGGUGGAUGAUGAUUUCAUUUUUAACGAUCCUGAAGAUUCUACAGUGUAUUCCUGGAUUACAAUUCCAAAAAAGAAAAAAGAUCCUCCAGUACAGACAACACAGCCUGAACAGAACUGGAGAGACCAAAAGAAAAUAAAUGAUGAGCCAGCAGCCACAAAGGCAAAUAAAAACCAAGUAGAAGCUAAGCAACAAAAUACAGAGGCAGCUGCAAUGAAAAAGGAAAAUGUGACGAAAAAGGCACCAGUAUCAAACACAGAUCGGAGAGAGGCUUCAGAAAUACAUAGUGACUCUGAUGCUGAAGAAGGUAGCCUUGAAGUCAUAAAUAAUCUGCAACAAACUGAGACAAAUGCUAAUAAAAAAAAUGGCAAUCAAGCCCAAGUCCUGUAUAAAAUAACAAAGGUAGCAGAGACCAAAAGGCAGAACAAGGUGAAAGUGCCUAAAUCAAUGAAAAACAAGAGCGUAGAUAGUGAAUGUGGAAGUGAACAGGCCUUAAUGCUUUGCUUACCUCAACUGUCUCCAGAGGAUGUGCAGCCUGCUGGAAUACAAGGUAAAAACAUGAAGGAAACACAUUUAACAAAAAGAAGAAAUAAGGGUAAUAAAAGAAUGACCUCUUCAGGACCUCAUUAUUCAGAGAAAGGCUCAUUUAAAAGUAAAAAGACUGAUGUGAAACAGAGUAGUGGUCGGGCUAACAAGGGUAGGGCUGAGGAAAGCAAAACGUGCAGCCUGUCGAGUGCAAGUGCAGGCAGCAAAGUUGAACACUAUCGGACUAGCAGUCGGCAGAAGACAGCGCCUGGUACCUGGUGGAUAGUGAAAUCAGAUGAGCAUACUGCAACUAUGAAGAAUUUACCUGAACAAACACUGAUUUCUAAAGUACCAAAAGCAAGUCGACAAUUGAAGCUCGGACCUGGAAAAAUCCCAGAGUCAAUACUUAAGAAAAAUGAUUGCGAGUCAACAAGGAGCACUGAUGUUCAUGAGUCAACAGCAGAAGAGAAUGAUGAUUCUGAGGAGGUUGUGGGAGAUUGGGAGGAGGAAGAAGUUAAUGAGCAAGUUGAUGAUCCUGGGUUUUUUAAACCCACAAAGAACCAGACUGCAGCAGUCCAGAGAAAAUCCAGGUUGCCAUCCUUUAAAGAAUCUCUUGCACUGGGAAGUUAUUUAUAUGCUACUAGCAACUUUAAAACCUCUUUGGCUUCUUUCAGUGAUGCCUGUGCUCCUGCUCCAGUUCCAAGCCGAGGGAAGUCCAGUACUAGUCCAGUACCUUCUACAAGCAAGGGACAGAUGACAAUUCGAUCCCCAGUUUUGUCUGCAAAGGCUUUAAUACACAAAAAUGACCCCAAAAGUAUCGACACACCACAGGUGCAAAGAGAUUUAGAGACAGACAGCGAUUCAUGUUCGGAAGGAGAUUUUCAUCUGGAGGGUGUGGCCCCACUAAGGGAUCCACAAACAGAGCAGUUCCAUUCUGGAGCAGAGGAUGGCGCAAGUGAAGAUGAACAAGGGAUGUCAAGCCAAGGAUCUCUGUCAGAGAACUCAGUCAUUGAUCUUGAUCAACAUCAUAGUGGACUUGAUCUUAAGAGGUCUGCGCCAGUUGUCAAAGGUGACCUGAUUCAUUUUGAGGGCUUGACAUCAGUGCUACCAACAAAUACUCCUGAAAGAAGAUCAGAACAAGGGGAAGAAAGGGAGGAUUACCGGAUUACCCAGCCGGAAGACUUUGUUGCUGAUGAUGUCCCGUCUCCUGAACAACAAGAGCUGGGACAGCCUUCUCAAAGUCAUGACUCCACCAGAAGACCCUACUACAAAUUAAUUCCAGGUACUCUGAGUAAUGAAAUGAUGGCAAAGCUGUAUUGUUGGCUCUGUGGCCCUGGAGAACUGGCUGCCCAAGGAAACUAUAACGAAACCCGGACUAAGCUUCAAGACGAGAAUGGAAGAGUUAUUACCAUUGGAUGUGUGAAAAGUAUUGAUAUGCACAAUUUCAAGUGGUACAAAAUGGCAAAUAAUUACAUGGGGAUCUCAAAAGACUUAGCUGAACCCACAUUUACGCAUGGUAAAGUGCUGCUGGGACCCUACAUGGAAAAGCCUUGUCAAUAUGUACAUACUAGUACAAUGGUUUUAAAUGUCGUGACUGGUUCCGUUAAUGUUUACAUUCACCUGUCAAAAUACGAGCUAUCCACAGGAAAUGUUUUCUAUGUUCCCCCUGGUAACAUAUACAGAGUCAUUAAUAUUACAGACCAACCGGCUCUUCUUUAUUUUACCAAAAUAAAAGUAAGAUAACUUUGCUGAAAUGAUGGUGGACACAUAGUCUAAUCAAAGAUGUAUAAAUGCCAGUUUAUUGAGAGUAUUAGAAUUUUGAGCUCUGCAAUCUGAUUUGUGUUCAUUAAAGUUUUAAGAAUCGUUUAAAAUGUUGCUUUUGCAUAUGUCAAGAAAAUUGCAUAUGCAGUUGACAUGAAACUUGGUAGUUCUGUUUUAUUUAUCUUCUUUUGGUUGACUUUUGGUCUCUAACUGGUUUAAAGUUGAAGUCUGAAUUAUCCAAACCACUUGCUCAAGCAAUAAUUGGUCCAGUACAAGCUGUAUAAAGACUGUCAGGAAGGACCAUCUGUGAGUUCUGUCAUUUUGAGUGAGUUUUGUUAAUUUAAUUGGCUUGGGUAAUGACUACAUAAUCUUCAGAACUGCUUUACUUGGAUUACAAGUAGUUAUUCCACAAUAUAUGUCAUGGCAUUGACACCUGAUUGGUUCACCUAUUGCAGGCAUUGUAUAUUAUUGGAAGUUUGUUCAAACUUAACAUGUAUAUGUUACAAAACAUUGUGAGGAAUACAGUUUAUUUGUGUAACGGGGAACUAAACACUUGGCAGGGCCAUUUUUUGUGUUGAUGCUGAUUUGUACAUGCUAUGGAUCAUUUUGUAUUUGCAGCCUUUUAUGUUCAUUAUCCAUUGUGUAGUGUAUAUUUUGAUCAUUUUAAUUAAAAUGUAUUUUGUUAAAUACUGUACCUUUCAUCUGUGCUGACACAAUUCUCACAAUUAAAAAGCAGAUAUGUUAUGGUUAUGAAACUAUUGGAACUGUUUUAUUGGUAAGAUCUAACUGUAUUUAACUUUCAACACUGCAGAUCUGUAUAAAGGCCUAGUAAAAAGAUAAUGCCAAUUAGAACUGCUGAAAUGCUAUUGCAGUAUAGGAAAUAUAACUACUCAAAACAGCUGACCAGUAAACUAAUCUUGAGGAUGCCAUAUAUUUGUGCAAUUUGUACUUCCUUUUUUAAAUGGCCCUAGGUUUAUCUUUUUCUAGUUUAUUUGAUAUUGAUAAAAAUCAACCAACAGUACACUUGACCAGGAGAAGCCAUAGCUGGAUUAGUGCAUUUUAUUUUAAGUCAUUUAAAUGUUACAUGUGGCUACUACAGCAGUUGCUUGGUCAAAUUAAAGCUAUGCACCAAAAAUAAUUUUAACUUAUUAAUCUAUAUAUAUAUAUACAUACAGUCACCUCCAAAAUUAUUGGCACCCUUGAUAAAGAUGAGCAAAAAAGGCUGUAUAAAAUAAACAACACAGGUAAUGAGCUAUAUUUUAUGCUCAAAUAUAUGGGAAAACCAUAUUCUUUUAUUCUAAUACAAUUGCUCAGAGAAAAAGGUUUUUAUUAACAAGUAAUAAAAAAUUCUCAGAAAGACAGGUGUCAGAAUUAUUGGCACCCCUAAAGAUUCUUAUAAAUGAAAUCAAACAAAAUUAAAUCUGCAUUAACAUUCUACUUCUUUAAGUUCAUCUCAGUCUUAAGGAACUGGUAGAGGACGCAAGUGUAUCUUGCCCCCACGCACAGUGAGGCAGAUGGUUCGGGAGGCAAAGGGAAAUCCAAGGGACACAGUUGGAGAAUUACAGAACUUGGUUGCAUCUUGGGGUCACCAAGUCUCCAAAUCUACAACUAUUAAUGAUUCAAGGCUAUUUGGAAGGGUUGCCAGAAAAAAGCCUUUAUUGAGAGCAACCAACAAAUGUAAGCGCCUGGAGUUUGCUAAACGGCAUUGGCUUUUCGUUUCAAGUUUAGAGUUAGUUGGUUAAAUGGUUUGCAAACAGAAGCAGUUUGAUGUUUGGGGCACGUUUUGGCAAAUUUGGUGUUAGCCAUUUUGAUAGUAAAAUUUAUCGCAGCAACUUCUGUUUAGCAAACUUGAAGCGGGUGUGGUUGCUGAUGAUGUAUGCGAAGUUUCAGAUCAAUCGGUUCACCGCUUCCCAAGAAGAAGAUUUUAAAAGGUUUUUAAGGAAAUGCGUCAUGCGGCCAUCUUGCUUUACUCACAAACACUAUUUUUGAAAAGGUCAAUUGUAUUGACACAGGGAUAAUGCUUGUCAACUUUGGAGUUAAUCAACUAAACUGUUCAACUGAAGCAGUUUAAAAUUUAAGAAUGAAACGUAGGUCUGGCCGCGAUCUUGUUUCACGAAAGAACACCAUUUUUCCAUAUUUGAAUUCUAUUAUCGCCAGGGUGACGCCUACCAAGUUAGAAGUUAGUUGGUUAAACGGUGUGCAAACAGAAGCAGUUUGAUAGUAACAUUUAUCGGAGCAACUUCUGAUUUGCAAACUUAAAGCGGGUUUGGUUGAUGAUGACGUAAGACAAUAGUGCACAACAGAGGUGAUUUGGCUUAGCAGUUUAGGUACAUUACGGUAUUGAUACCUUUCCUGUUAUUCUGCAUCACAAUCAUAAGUACUGUAUACAGCGGUUAACGCUAUGUUUGUGUUCCUAAACAUGAAGAAAAAGUCAAUUUUCAUAUGAACACAUUUUUCUACUGCAAACAUGCUUCUAAACCAACCUAUGAUACCUGCAGCCUUAGCAAAGUGUCUGAGGAAGAUCUUUUUGUCAACUGAUACUGUAUUUUAAUAAUGGUUUUGAGAGAACUGUCAAUGACACAGAAUACAAGUUUUCAUGUCUCAAUUAGCAGAAACGUGACUGCAGCAGGAUAGCCUACUUACUCUCAAAGUAAUUUAGUUUGAACAAGUUAUUUACAGUAUUCAAAGUUUUUUAGGUAAGUGAAGAAACCUUUUUUUUUUUUUUUUUUUUGUACGAACUCAACGUGUAAUAAUCCUUAGUAACAACAUUGGAAGCUCAGGGUUCUCCCCAGGAAUUCUGUACAGCCGGGCGACAGAAUAUUAUAGCCGGGAGCACUUAACGGAAAAAUAAACUUGCCUUCCCUUAAUAUGACAAAGAAUUUGAAUAAUGUGUUGUCUUUCGUUGACUACAUCUGGUUGCUCUUUUUUAUGUUCUACAUUUUCUUUUUCAUGACUGUUUUUUAUUAUGAUAAAUUACCGUGCAUAUUUAGGCACUCUACGAUUUGACUGGGGAAAGAUAACUUAGGUUUAUUGUUUUUCGCUGUUCUGCAACUGUUCAUUUUAACCAUUUUUUAAAUUUAAGUAAGCAUGAUGUGUCUUUCAUCUGCUGCAGUAAGUUUCCUUGGCCGACCACUGCGUCUACGGUCCUCAACGUUGCCCGUUUCUUUGUGCUUCUUCAAAAGAGCUUGGACAGCACAUCUGGAAACCCCUGUCUGCCUUGAAAUUUCUGCCUGGGAGAGACCUUGCUGAUGCAGUAUAACUACCUUGUGUCUUGUUGCUGUGCUCAGUCUUGCCAUGGUGUAUGACUUUUGACAGUAAACUGUCUUCAGCAACCUCACCUUGUUAGCUGAGUUUGGCUGUUCCUCACCCAGUUUUAUUCCUCCUACACAGCUGUUUCUGUUUCAGUUAAUGAUUGUGUUUCAACCUACAUAUUGAAUUGAUGAUCAUUAGCACCUGUUUGGUAUAAUUGUUUAAUCAUACACCUGACUAUAUGCCUACAAAAUCCCUGAUUUUGUGCAAGUGUACCUAGAAGAAUUGAUGCUGUUUUGAAGGCAAAGGGUGGUCACACCAAAUAUGGAUUUGAUUUAGAUUUUUCUUCUGUUCACUCACUUUGCAUUUAGUUAAUUGAUAAAUAUAAUCUAUUAACAUGUCUAUUUUUGAAAGCAUUCUUACUUUACAGCAUUUUUUCACACCUGCCUAAAACUUUUGCACAGUACUGUAGUUCAUGGACAGUAACGUUUAAAUGUAUAGGCAUGUCUUUUGUAGUUCAAAUUGAAUCUCUUCUUUUUAAGGAAACUAUAACGAAACCCGGACUAAGCUUCAAGACGAGAAUGGAAGAGUUAUUACCAUUGGAUGUGUGAAAAGUAUUGAUAUGCACAAUUUCAAGUGGUACAAAAUGGCAAAUAAUUACAUGGGGAUCUCAAAAGACUUAGCUGAACCCACAUUUACGCAUGGUAAAGUGCUGCUGGGACCCUACAUGGAAAAGCCUUGUCAAUAUGUACAUACUAGUACAAUGGUUUUAAAUGUCGUGACUGGUUCCGUUAAUGUUUACAUUCACCUGUCAAAAUACGAGCUAUCCACAGGAAAUGUUUUCUAUGUUCCCCCUGGUAACAUAUACAGAGUCAUUAAUAUUACAGACCAACCGGCUCUUCUUUAUUUUACCAAAAUAAAAGUAAGAUAACUUUGCUGAAAUGAUGGUGGACACAUAGUCUAAUCAAAGAUGUAUAAAUGCCAGUUUAUUGAGAGUAUUAGAAUUUUGAGCUCUGCAAUCUGAUUUGUGUUCAUUAAAGUUUUAAGAAUCGUUUAAAAUGUUGCUUUUGCAUAUGUCAAGAAAAUUGCAUAUGCAGUUGACAUGAAACUUGGUAGUUCUGUUUUAUUUAUCUUCUUUUGGUUGACUUUUGGUCUCUAACUGGUUUAAAGUUGAAGUCUGAAUUAUCCAAACCACUUGCUCAAGCAAUAAUUGGUCCAGUACAAGCUGUAUACAGACUGUCAGGAAGGACCAUCUGUGAGUUCUGUCAUUUUGAGUGGGUUUUGUUAAUUUAAUUGGCUUGGGUAAUGACUACAUAAUCUUCAGAACUGCUUUACUUGGAUUACAAGUAGUUAUUCCACAAUAUAUGUCAUGGCAUUGACACCUGAUUGGUUCACCUAUUGCAGGCAUUGUAUAUUAUUGGAAGUUUGUUCAAACUUAACAUGUAUAUGUUACAAAACAUUGUGAGGAAUACAGUUUAUUUGUGUAACGGGGAACUAAACACUUGGCAAGGCCAUUUUUUGUGUUGAUGCUGAUUUGUACAUGCUAUGGAUCAUUUUGUAUUUGCAGCCUUUUAUGUUCAUUAUCCAUUGUGUAGUGUAUAUUUUGAUCGUUUUAAUUCAAAUGUAUUUUGUUAAAUACUGUACCUUUCAUCUGUGCUGACACAAUUCUCACAAUUAAAAAGCAGAUAUGUUAUGGUUAUGAAACUAUUGGAACUGUUUUAUUGGUAAGAUCUAACUGUAUUUAACUUUCAACACUGCAGAUCUGUAUAAAGGCCUAGUAAAAAGAUAAUGCCAAUUAGAACUGCUGAAAUGCUAUUGCAGUAUAGGAAAUAUAACUACUCAAAACAGCUGACCAGUAAACUAAUCUUGAGGAUGCCAUAUAUUUGUGCAAUUUGUACUUCCUUUUUUAAAUGGCCCUAGGUUUAUCUUUUUCUAGUUUAUUUGAUAUUGAUAAAAAUCAACCAACAGUACACUUGACCAGGAGAAGCCAUAGCUGGAUUAGUGCAUUUUAUUUUAAGUCAUUUAAAUGUUACAUGUGGCUACUACAGCAGUUGCUUGGUCAAAUUAAAGCUAUGCACCAAAAAUAAUUUUAACUUAUUAAUCUAUAUAUAUAUAUACAUACAGUCACCUCCAAAAUUAUUGGCACCCUUGAUAAAGAUGAGCAAAAAAGGCUGUAUAAAAUAAACAACACAGGUAAUGAGCUAUAUUUUAUGCUCAAAUAUAUGGG